UGUAGGCGGCUCUUCUCAAGAAGUCCCGGUCUGACGGACAAGUUGAGGCGGUAUGAAGGUGUGGCAGCAGUCAUGAGGCGGAGUCCUGUCUGUGCCAUUCAACUAUCACGGGGGGAAAGUUUAUGGAACUUUUCCUGAUGUCCAUCUUCAUUCCGCGAGCUCUUUCGAUUAAUACUUGUGAGCAUAUGAUAGUGCUGUAGGAGAAGGGAGAUCUGAGUCAGUGCGGCUGACCGAGCCGAGAACAAAUCUCGAGGCAGCAGUAGCGGCAGCAGGUUGGAUUUCUGUGUCCUUGGGGUGCUGAAUCGGCUUUGCUGGAUCCCGAUCCUUCACUUCAUGCACAUGUUGCUCAUGAGUUCUGGAGGACCCUAACGACCUGCAUGGAGAACGCUUAAUAACUGCUGGGAGAAGAGGCUGUGCUUCACUGCAGCUCUGAUCUUUUCUUAACCACUUUUCCUCAUUUCCUGCCUUUUACUUCUUUUUCAAUUUUUUGCAGCACUUCCUUUUCCUACCCUUCCCCAUCACUUCUAAUACAGAAGAAUGCGCAGAUUCAGCUCUGAGGGAUCCCUCCUGGAUCUUGACUUCCUCCCAUGGAAGAAGGUGGAACUGAAAAACCCAGAUUAUGAGAAGAACCAGGGUUGUGGCACCUACACACCUCACAUAGCAGAAGAUAAGCUGGGUGGGAUCUUAGCUGUCCCGACUCCCACUAUCCAGGAGCCCAGAGCGAGUCCUGGCGAGGUGGGGAAGAAGGAGCUGGCCAAGGAGCACAGCGUCAGCGCAGAGAACCUGAGUGAGCUGGGCAAACUGGAAAAGAGCCACCUUGGAGUGUGUCUCAUCAAUGAAGGAUGCAGGGCCUACAGUGACGGCCAGCUGGCCCCGGCCGCCCAGGGCAGCACGGAGAACGUAGCGAGAGACGACCAGACCCCUCGCUCUCCAUCAUCAUCCUCCUCCCACCACUUCCUCUUCAAAUCCCAGCACACCCACCAAAAACCAAGACUGUCAUCGGCUAAACUGCACCUCAAGAGUCUGUUUGGGCAGAGUCCUCAUUCCUCAAACUCCAACCUGCUCAACACAGAACCCAACAACAGUGCUACACACAGGAGGUCUCGCCUGCUCUUCAUGCGUCAGUGGAGUCAGGUGGGCCACAGUAAGAAGAGGAAGAUCAGUCGAGAAGAGCUGGAAAAGUGGGCUGAGUCCCUGAACGCCCUGCUGGCCAGCCAAACUGGAGUUUCUGUGUUUGGAGCAUUCUUGCGCUCUGAGUUCAGCGAGGAGAAUCUUCAGUUCUAUCUGGCCUGCGAGCAGUACAGACACUCGUCCAACAACUUCAGCCUGCAGAGGAGGGCCAAGGACAUCUGUGCCACCUAUAUCCAACCAGGUGCCCCCCGCGAGAAAUGUGUGUGGGAUGUUCCAGUUUAUUGUCACAGCGUUCCAUCAGUAGCUGCCUUUAUGCAAAGCCUUUCUUCCACUAACAGCAAGAUGUCAAGCAGAAUAAAAAUAUUUUGUGCAAACACCUCAAUUAAUGUUAAUGUUAAAUAAAACCUAUAUUUAAGCAGGAGAGUUUUGUUUGGAUUAAAAAUCUUUUUCCAGUGUCUUGGCCAAGAGAGGCAGCGAAAACUAACAACAUGUAAUGGAUAACACAAAAGUAUGAUCAAUAAGAUCUGUAGCAGAUAAUUAGAUUUCAAUGGUUUUAAGCAACUUGCUUAACAGCUGUGGCCACACCUGACAAUUGCAGGAUAAUGGUACACUGAAUUUCCAAGACUUCUUGAGUUGCUUUAAAGCCCCUGGAAAAAAAAUCUCAAGUAUUUAAUUUGAUUGAUUUGAUUGACAGUGACCAAACAACCCCCCAACUGUCUUCAGAUUCUGAUUUAAAUGUUGCUAAAUUCUGGUGAUUGCUAUGUGACAUCACCAGAUUUCCAGUUGAGCCCCUGUGAGGAUCAUGUAGGAUCCCAGUGCUAAUAGAGCGCUCACUUCUGCUUCCGGCCCAUGGGACCUUAUUUCGGAAAAAAUAUGUACGGUACUUAAACAACAACUUAUUUUUUGAUCCUGUUUGAACUGUGCCCUGAAUUACACAUAUGGUGUUGGUCAUUUUAAAAGAUAAUUUUGUAACAACUCUCAGUCCUUUUAUCACAUCAUCUACACACGGAAGUUCUAUGACGUUGGCUUCAGUAACAUUAGUUUCAGUCAUUGAGAGAAAAAGUUACGACCCCACAAACGCGACUUUUGGGUUUGGGGUUCUUCCUAAUUAUGUAUUUUCACAGUCUUAUACCUCAACAGUAUUACAUCAAACUGUGACUUUCUUGACUUUUGAACGUACAUUUUAAAUUGACUAUCAUUUGUGUAAUUCAGAGCACAAUUCAAAGGGGAUCAGAAACUAGCUGUCUCUUGCCAUUUUUUGCUGAAGUAAGGUCACAUGAUGAUCCACCGGAAGGGGAGGGACUUAGGCUCUCUAUAGUAAAAGGCUGAUGGAGAAAAUAAAUAAGGUUUUAGGGCCUUAAAGAAGUCAUUGAACGGUUCUAAACAUUAGAAACAUUAUGUAACAGUAGCACAAAGGCAGCAAACUGACUCAGUAAGGUCUGUCUGGAAUACCUAAGUUUGCGAACAUUAGCCAUCAUAAAUAACUGGUCACACCAGACCAAGGCUGUAGCAGCAGAACCCGAGUGUCCUGAAGUGAGCACAGGUGUGUUUUUAUUUAUGAGGGUAAAUUGUAAUAGCUUUCAUUACAAUUUAUGACUCUAUGUGCUUUGUUCUCCUUUUGUUCAUGUCAUAGGCCCACAUCCUCAGUUUGAUAACCAGCCCCCGCUUCUUUAGCGAUGAGUUUGACCUCACAUUCUUAUCAAUCUUAUUAGUUUUCCUCUUUCACCAUUAAAGUAUUUGGAUCUCAGAAACUAAACAUGGUAGAUGCCCCUAGCAUCUUUAGCAAGCUUUGUGCUUCUCUCAACCAGUAAGUAGGGAAAGUCUGGGCAUUAUCUUAUCUACAUCAUAUUUGUUACUUCCUAUGUUAUGUGAAAUGACAUUUUAUAUUUCUAAAAGUAAGUAAUUGAUAAAAACUCAGCACAAGUAUGUACACAUGUAUUCUUCAAUUCCAACCAAAUCUGAUGGAGGACAAACCUACCCCAUCAAGUUUUCUCCUUAAUCCAUCUUUUCUUCACUGUUUGUCCGGUCUUCACCUGAUCUGACCCAUUUGGACUUACCCAAAUGAAACAUUUCUGGUAGAUUUGAGAGUUCCCCAACCACCCUGAAGAAAUGCAUUGCCAUAUUGUAUUCUUUUGCCUUUUUCUUUCUCACAAAAACAUUUCACUUCAAUUCUAAAAUGGUAUCUAUAUGUAACUGCACGGAGUGUUCGGAGACUCUGGACUUCAUUAAGUCAUUUAUUUAUUAUUUUAAUUAAACUUGAGCAACAUUAAAGGAUAACUCUCUUUCAUUACAGCUUGGUUCUUGUUUUUACGGAGUCGCCCACCAAAUGCAGUAUAAAAUAUGCAAUACUGUAUCAUAAUACCACUCAGCCUUCUUCUACCAAUCAGAAGGAAUACAAAAACAUUACGUGACAAUGCAAAAUUGAUUAGGAGGUAAGACAAAGUAGUUGCAAAAAAAACAGGGGAGCCUCAGGGGUCUGUAUGUUUUCAUUCACAGACAGGUUGGAAACAAGUGAACAGUUAAGAUGAUGGCUAAAGCUACAAACGCAGUGGUUAAGGUGUAAUACACAGGAACUGAUCUUAAAG